CCUCAACGACUGACGAUUGACAAUAUUAGAACGUGGAGACCAUGAGCACUGCGAGCGUCCAAAAUUUGGAGGAAGCUGUCACGAUAGCGUCAGAGUUCAUAAUGACUCUUGACAACUUGCCUAGCGAAGUACAAUUUCUGCUGCAAGAGCUUCGUUCGAAAGAGACCGAUUCUCAAGACAUUCAGAAUGAUCUAGCCAAAGAGGCUCAUAAAUACAUGCGACAUGUCCUACGAUCAGACGGCACAGACCCCAUUUCGAAAGAGAAGGAUAGGACGAUAGCACCGCCGACUGAGAAACUGAAGGAUGCUCAAGAGAAACUUUCAGUGCUUUCAGACGAGAAAAUUGCUCUGGCCUCUCGUAUUGUCGACCUACUCUCUAGGAAGCGGGCCCGGUUAGAAUAUGACCUGGGCCGUGUCCUUGUUCUACAAGGAGAAACAGAUCCAGCAUCUGUUUUCGCCGGAGCCGCAUCUUCGACUCCAGUUUCUGUAUCAGGACUUGGUAGUGGCACUGCCGGCUAUGUGCUUGGAGGACGCAAUCCAGCCGCUCAAAUUAAUGAAAGCUUGCGAAAUGCGUUCGCUGGCGGUACCGCCACCCCUUUGGCAAGUGGCUCAGGAAGCAUGGCCUCUGCCGGAGGGCGUGCUUCGGUUGCUGGAGAAGACAAUGCUUUCAAAAAACGGAGAUUGAUGGCGACGCAGGGAUCUAUCAAGCUGCCAUCACCGGCACCGUCUGCUUAUGUACCGUCUACUCGAGGUCGCCGAAGAAGACGGGGAGCUUCAUCUGAGGCUGAAGACUUCGAUUUUGAUUAUGGAGAUGAAACUCAAGGUGCAGAGGAAGCAGAAGCAGAGGAAGGUGAUGGCGAGGAGGGCGAAGAUGGCGAAGACAAGGAACUGUACUGCUUCUGUCAGAAGCUGAGUUACGGAGAGAUGAUCGCGUGUGACAACCCAGAUUGCCCGUAUCAAUGGUUUCACCUCCCUUGUGUCAACCUCAAGCAACCACUGCCCGAGAGUUGGUUCUGUGACGACUGCAUUAGAAAGAUGGGUCCUCCUGCAUCUGGUCCUGGCCGUAAGGGCCGGAAGAAAUAAACCUUGCUACCCUCGCUCACCAUUUCGGGCUUUCCCCUACUAUGUCCGUCCUUGGCAACGUUCGUGGCAGUGGAGUACGGGAUAGAACCCAGCCAGAUAUGACCGAGUAAACCGAGAGUACACUCACGACACAGGCUGAAGUGAAAUCAAAUCACAGGUCCUCAAGCAGGGCGUCUACUGUGAGAGCAUUCGUCCAUAAUGGAAUACUUCUUCCUCGUCGUGAUCGUGAUGGACCCAAUCCGUACGUUCGCUUGUUGUCUUACUUGGUUGGUCUUCUGCUUUGUAGUAUACUGAGUGCCUCUCUGUGGCCUGUGCAUGUGGCUUCGGAGCUGUCUAGGUUCCGUUGGAAGCAUGGAUCCACAAGUAGAUUGUACGCGUGUACAUGUGGUGAGGUGGUCGACUCCUGAAUAAGAAUCCUUCCUUCCUUCA